AUGAGAGGACCGGAUUCCGGACACGGAUGUACUGGAGCCGACGGGAAUCCUCAGUACCUACGCCAUACUGAGACAGCUGUAAUUGCGUUGGAGCGGCCACCUCGAGCGGAUGGACGACAAGCGGCUAUCCAAACGACUCAUACAGAGAUGUCGCCACGGGUUUCCGCUGACAAGGAGGCCAAGUCCGUCACCACAAGGACACUGAAGACCACCCUGAAGCGUCUGCAGAUCAAUCCGGCCAACGGGGAAGAUCUCGCCCGAGACCGACCUGGAGGACAGGGAAGACAGACGCAGCGAUCUACGAAGGCAACCGCAUCACCGCCGUCAAAGCCAAACGCGAGGCUCGCAAAUCCCAACUGCGUCUGCCUCGCAAUGCCAAUACUCGAUCACCCCGACCUGUGCACGCUUUCAGCGGACGUUCCGGGUACAAAUCGGCCUUAUAGGACAUCUUCGUACCGACUGCAGUACCCGGACUUCAUCAUCCAGCUCUGCCUUAUCCUAAACGCCGCCAAAGACCAUUGGCCGCACUCCCGAACCCCCACCACCACCACCACCACCACCAUCAUCAUCAUCAUCAUCAUCAUCAUCACCAUCAUCCUUGCUUUAACAUCCGCUACGGUGGCUCCUGUACCCACCAACACUGCACAAAAUCCUGACACACCAACAACCGCCCGACCAACAACGCCAGUAAUGUGGACUUGA